AGUCUCACGCUUUCCUAAUCCACGCGUAAACAACUCUUUCAUGCUUUCGAAUUUCAAAACCCAAGGGCUUAAAAGCCUUCCACCUUUCUGACCCAUUCUUCAUCACAAAACCUUCUCUGCUCACUCCUGGGAGCCUUAAUUAAUUGCAUUAAAUAGUGAUAGAUAGAAGUAGAACCACUUCUUGUCUUUACUGGUUCAUCACCAACCAACCACGACUAUCUCUCCAUUUGUUAAAAGCUUAAACUCAAACGACUAGUAACCAUGUCUAUGGUCGAGGUCAGAGUUCCAAACCUGGAUUGUGAAGGCUGUGCUUCCAAGCUAAAGAAAGCCCUCUUCAAGCUCAAAGGAGUUGAAGAAGUGGAGAUAGAAAUGGAGAUGCAAAAGAUUACAGUAAGAGGGUUUGGAUUGGAGGAAAGGAAGGUGCUGAAAGCUAUUAAAAGAGCUGGAAAAGCAGCAGAGCCAUGGCCAUUUCCAGGAUACUCUCAUUUUUCUUCAUUUUACAAGUAUCCAAGCUACAUUGUGAACCAUUAUUACGAUACAUAUGGAACCGCCAAUGGUGCACAUACGUUCUUCCACACCCCUUCUGUUUACUCAGUUGCUGUGGCAUCUGAUGAAACUGUCGCUUCACUUUUCAGCGAUGAUAAUCCCCAUGCCUGCACUAUCAUGUGAUUUUCACCAUGAAAUUGCUGACCUUUGAGUGUUUUGCUUAUUGUAGGGGUUAAAAAUCUUCAAUUCAUAC